AUCGCAUCCUGGUUGUCCAUCCGAAGAUCUUGCAAAUUUUUAGUUUUAGGCCGCGUUUGACAAAAUUGUAUUUUUGUUUAGUUUGGGUCCUCGGGUGCCAACGGGCAUACCAAACACAACCUAAUUUUUUAACUUUUUCAGUUUGGUUUUUUUCCCACAUCCAACGAUCCAAAACUCCUCCGGAACCAGAGUCCCAUUCGAUCGACGAUGUCAUCGACGGCGAACUGCGGUUUCAUUGAAUUUGUUAAUUUUAAUUCUGAGAAAAAGCCUGCGUCUUAAUUCGGGUGGUGGGAGAGUGUGCCCCAUUAUCCGUCGCCAAAAAGUGACUUCCAUCUCUCUAAAAAUUUAAGCUUUUGACAACCAAAUUGAUAUGCUUUUCAAUGGAAUAUGAUUGGGCAUUGUUCGUUUAUUGGGUUGCUAACUUGCUAUAUGCACAUCAAUGGAAGAAACAGGGGCUGAAGAGACCAAGAGAGAGAGAUAGAGGUUGGCAAUGACAAAAAAAUCUGAGAAGUUUUCUGCAGAUUUUGUAAUGGGAGGAAUGGCAGCAUUGGUAUCAAAGAGUGCAGCAGCACCCAUUGAGAGAGUGAAGCUUCUUUUGCAGAAUCAAGGAGAGAUGAUAAAAAGAGGACAGCUUAAGAGACCUUAUAUGGGUGUUGGUGAUUGCUUUAAAAGGGUCUUUAGAGAGGAAGGCGUCUUGUCCUUUUGGAGAGGCAACCAGGCUAAUGUUAUUCGAUAUUUUCCUACUCAGGCCUUCAACUUUGCAUUUAAAGGUUACUUCAAAAGCAUUUUUGGCUGCUCAAAAGAGAAAGAUGGAUACAUAAAGUACUUUGCAGGAAAUGUGGCUUCAGGAAGUGCUGCUGGAGCAACCACUUCAUUAUUUCUGUAUCACCUGGACUAUGCACGAACACGGCUAGGCACUGAUGCAAGGGGGUCUGCAGUUAAUGGUCAGCGCCAGUUCAGAGGGAUUCUAGAUGUUUAUAGUAAAACCUUGUCAAGUGAUGGAAUAGCGGGUCUCUAUCGAGGUUUUGGGGUUUCAAUUAUUGGGAUUACACUGUAUCGAGGCAUGUACUUUGGGAUUUAUGACACCAUGAAGCCUAUUGUUUUGGUUGGGUCGUUGGAGGGGAAUUUUUUUGCUAGUUUCUUGCUUGGUUGGAGUGUUACAACAGUCUCUGGGGUCUGUGCCUAUCCAUUUGAUACCCUUCGGCGCAGAAUGAUGCUUACAUCAGGACAACCAUCGAAGUAUCGCAACGCCAUACAUGCAUUUCAUGAGAUUGUUUACCUUGAGGGUUUCACAGCGCUGUUCCGAGGAGUUACUGCAAAUAUGCUUCUAGGGGUUGCUGGGGCUGGGGUACUUGCAGGAUAUGAUCAGCUGCACCGAAUUGCAUAUAGACAGGGUUAUUCUAUUGAGCCACAUCAAAGAGUUUUGAAGUGAAAGUCCGGACUUGGCACACUGAUCGACGACAUGGUUAUUCUUUUGAGCAGCUUCAUAGAGUUUUGAAGUGAGAGGCCAGGCGUGGCACAUGGACAUGGUUAUUCUUUUGAGCCACGAAAAAGAGAUCUGAA